AUGACAGACAUCAUAGCCGACCAGGCACCUCCAGCCCUCGCCGUGCCAUCGGAAAAGGAAAAGAAAUAUGACCGCCAACUCAGGCUUUGGGCUGCGAGUGGGCAAGCUGCUCUGGAGUCUGCCAAUAUCCUGCUCGUGAAUUCCGGCACGGGCACCGUCGGUAUUGAGACACUAAAGAAUCUCGUACUUCCAGGGAUUGGAAAUUUCACGAUUGCAGAUGACGCUGUCGUGAACGAGGCUGAUCUUGGUGUCAACUUCUUCCUGGACGAGUCCCAUCUCGGCAAGUCCAGGGCCCAGAGCUGUACUGAGCUACUGCUAGAGCUCAAUCCUGAGGUUCAGGGUGAUUGGUAUCCUAAGAAAUCGGAAAACACGGGUCUCCAGCAGCUUUUGAAAACCUCAGCCCCCUUCACCAUCAUCUUGUACACACUUCCCAUGAAACCGGAAGACCUUACCGUACUCGAGUCUUACAGCCGAGAGCACAAGACGCCAUUGAUUGCGAUACACUCUGCGGGUUUCUACUCCUACUUCAGUACUCAUCUCCCAGGCAUUUACCCCAUCGUCGACACCCAUCCGGACGUCACAGCCAUCACGGACUUGCGGCUCUUGACCCCGUGGGAAGAGUUAGAGGCUUUUGCCGACAGCCUGACGAAAGACAUUGACAGUCUCGAUAACCAUGAGCACGGCCACCUGCCCUUCGUUGUUAUUCUCCUACACUACCUAAAGGAAUGGAAGUCAUCUCACGAUACCAAGGCCCCGAGCAACUACAAAGACAAAGUCGAAUUACGCAAAAUGGUGGCCGCUGCUACGAGAACGGAUAGCCCCGAAGGAGGCGAGGAAAACUUUGAUGAGGCUGUAGCUGCCGUGUUGAAGACCAUUUCGCCACCAUCACUCCCUUCUGCCGUCAAGGAGGUCUUUGAGUAUAAGCAUAAUGACGAGAAUGAAACCACAUCUAGCUUCUGGAUCAUCGCAGGAGCGAUCCGUGACUUUUAUGAGAAGCACGGCUGUUUACCACUCCCGGGCGGCCUCCCAGACAUGAAGGCCCAAUCUAGCGUGUACAUUGAGCUUCAGAACAUCUACAAGGCCAAGGCUCGCAAAGAUGCAGCCGAGGUGCUUGAAUCGGUCCGUCAGAAAGUCGGUGGCGAGGGCGUCGACGUAGCCGAGGUCGACCUGUUCUGCAAGAAUGCGGCCUUUGUCAAGCUGGUCGUCCCUACAACUGGCGGGCCCGAACAACUGCGCAGCAUAGCAGCGCAGGAGUUUGCCAACGACGAGAUGGCCAAGGAGGGCGUGGUGCCACUGUCGCUGCUCCCAAUUUAUCUCGCCCUCCAGUCCACGUCACACACACCCACGGCAUCUUCGGAUGAGAUUUUGGACAAGAUCAAGACGCUGCUUCCGGACUGGAGCGACAACGAGCGGCUCGCGCAGGCGGCGCAAGAGGUAGCCAGAUCUGGCGGUGGAGAGCUGCACAACGUUUCCGCCGUGACAGGCGGUAUGGUGGCUCAGGAGACGAUCAAAAUCAUCACGAACCAAUACGUACCCAUCGAGAACACAUGCAUAUUCGACGGCAUUACAAGCCGGUGCCAAAUUCUUCGUCUUUAG